CGCUGCUGUGACUCUAUAAACACUCAAACACACACCUCACACAACCUAUCAGAGACUUUACCUUUGUACAUUCAUCCUAAUACAUCUUUUUCCUAAAAAACAUGGGUGUCUACUUAUCUAAAAUCAUUGCUCUUCUUUUUGGGAAAGAGCCAGUAAGGUUGCUUAUGAUUGGUCUGGAUGCAGCAGGAAAGACUACAAUCCUCUACCAAAUCAAGCUUGGUGAAGUUGUCACAACCAUUCCAACUAUUGGUUUUAAUGUAGAGACAGUUGAGUAUAAAAACAUCUCCUUCACUGUUUGGGAUUUGGCGUUUCAGACUAAAUUACGCCCCCUGUGGAAACAUUACUAUAAAGACUGUAGGGGUUUGAUCUUUGUUGUGGACAGCAGGGAUCAUGAGAGAAUCGAGGAAGCAGCAGAAGAACUCAAUAGGAUUCUCCAGGAUGAUGAGUUGCGAGAUGUUGCUGUGCUUGUAUUCGCUAACAAGCAGGAUUUACCCAAAGCCAUGACAGUUCCUGAGCUGACUGAGAGAUUGGGUUUACAUGCACUCAAAAACAGACAGUGGUACGUUCAGUCAACCUCUGCUGUUCAAGGAACAGGUUUAUAUGAAGGACUGGAUUGGCUCUCUGACCAGCUAACGAAACCAUAAAAAUGUGAAACUUUAAUCUCUGCUGUUAUGAAUUGAAUUGAAGACAGUGCACAAGAUAACUUUUUUCAAAUCUGAAUUAUACGUUAUACAUUAUUACUGUAUAGUUAUUUUACUACUGUAUACUGUAUAUUGUUAAUGCACUAUUGCAUUAUUGAUUCUGAUAUUACUUUUAAAUAUUUUUAUAUUAUGUACAGUCUCAAACAUUUUUUGUUAAUAUUUAGAUAUGUAAUAUAUAUUAAAUAACCAACUUAAAACAUAAUUAUUUAUUUUACACUUCUA